UCCUCGUCUUCUAAAGUGAUCACUCGCGAGGACAGAGAGAGGCAGGCAAGCAAAGAUGAAGUACAUCGUCGUCAGCGGUGGUGUCAUUUCGGGCAUCGGCAAGGGCGUCAUUGCCUCGUCGACUGGCCUCCUCCUCAAGACGCUCGGGCUCAAGGUGACGGCGAUCAAGAUUGACCCGUACAUGAACAUCGAUGCGGGCACCAUGGCGCCCACGGAGCAUGGCGAGGUCUAUGUCCUCAACGAUGGCGGCGAGGUCGACCUGGAUCUGGGCAACUACGAGCGCUACCUCGACGUGACGCUCAGCAGGGAGAACAACAUCACCACGGGCAAGGUAUACCGCGACGUCAUUGACCGAGAGAGGCGCGGAGACUACCUGGGCAAGACGGUGCAGAUCGUGCCUCACCUCACGACGGCGAUCCAGGACUGGAUCGAGCGCGUCGCGGCGCGGCCCGUCGACGACACCGGCGAGACGCCCGACGUGUGCAUCGUCGAGCUGGGUGGCACGGUCGGCGACAUUGAGUCGGCGCCCUUCGUCGAGGCCCUGCGCCAGUUCCAGUUCCGCGUCGGGCAGGAGAACUUUGCGCUGAUUCACGUCAGCCUGGUCCCCGUCGUGGGUGGCGAGCAGAAGACGAAGCCGACGCAGGCCGCUAUUCGCGACCUCCGUGGCCUUGGCCUGGUCCCUGACAUGAUUGCAGCGCGGUGUGUGGAGCCGCUGGAGCGAGGGGUCAUCAACAAGCUGUCGAUGUUCUGCCACGUCGGGCCAGAACAGGUCAUGGGCGUGCACGACGUUGGCUCCACCUACCACGUUCCCAUCCUCCUUGAGCAGCAGGGCAUGGUGCGCUUCUUUGAGAAGCGCCUCCACCUCGACGUCAACGGAGGCAUUGCCGAGCCGAUGAAGAAGAAGGGCAGCCAGCUCCGGACGCGGUGGAGAGAUCUGACCGUCGGCCACGAGCGGCUCAUCGACAAGGUCGAGAUCGUCCUCGUGGGCAAGUACACGUCGCUGCAGGACAGCUACAUGUCUGUCAUCAAGUCGCUCGAGCACGCUGCCCUCCGCGUCCACCGCAAGCUCGUCCUCAAGUGGGUCGAGGCGGGCGACCUGGAGCCUGCGAUGGAGAAGGACAACCCGGUGCGAUACCACGAGGCUUGGCACUCGGUCUGCUCGGCGACGGGCAUCCUCAUCCCGGGUGGAUUUGGCCUGCGCGGGACAGAGGGCAUGAUCAGCGCUGCCAAGUGGGCCAGGGAGCACCGCGUGCCGUUCCUGGGCAUCUGCCUCGGCUUCCAGGUUGCCGUCGUCGAGUUUGCAAGGAACGUCUGCGGGCUGUCCGAGGCCGGCUCCUCGGAGCUGGACCCAGACUGCAAGGACCCCGUGGUGAUCUACAUGCCCGAGAUCAGCAAGACGCACCUGGGCGGUACGAUGCGCUUGGGUCUCCGUCCGUCGCUCUUUUCCCCGUCGACGGAGAGGUGGUCGCGGAUCAGAAAGCUGUACGGCGGCGCUGCGACGGUGUGGGAGCGCCACCGCCACCGCUACGAGAUCAACCCAGAGUACAUUGAGCGCCUCGAGCGGGGCAACCCUUCGACGCCGGUCGUCCAGGUGGACCAGGAACCCUCGUCGCAGCAGCAUUUGCUGCAGCGACCAAGCACGCCGCCGUCGUCAUCUUCCUCGAGGAUGCGCUCGCUGCCCACGUCACCGAACCUGAACCGGAGCGAGUCGUCGGUCGACGACAAGGCGGUCCAGGACAUUGUGCGCAAGCGGAGCGCCACCGACCAGCUCCGCUUCGUGGGCAAGUCCGAGUCGGGCGAGCGCAUGCAGAUUGCCGAGCUCAUCAACCACCCAUACUACGUCGGCAUGCAGGCCCACCCGGAGUUUGCGUCGCGGCCGCUGAACCCCAGCCCGCCGUUCUUGGGCUUCAUCGCGGCUGCUGCGGGCGGCAAGGCGCUGCUGGACGAGCAGAUUGAGGUGCAGAUGAAGAGCUACGCGCCGCCGCACCCGAGAGAAGCCAUGAUUCUCGAGAGCGAGGCGGCGGCAAAGGCCGACGAGGCCGACGAGCAGACGCGCAAGCCGGCCUCGACGCCGCCGGGCGCUGCGACGCCGACGAGGAGCCGCUCGCUGAGCAAAAAGGGCCCAGCAGCUGAGGGAGCAGCAUGAGCACCGUCUAUCUUACCUUGGACCAUCUUCUGUCUGCAUGCAAUAGAUGAAUG